AUGCGCCAGAUCUCUGCCAUGCCGCUAAGCCCUACUCCUUCUAGCACUGCAGGAGGCUCCUCCAUCCCGCUGCAGUCACCGUCGAGCUCCCUGACGUUGACGCUGCUUGCUCCUAGCGCGGUUGCAACCGCUGCGACGCUUGAAGAACCCAUUCAGCUUGCUCAAGACACUGAACAAGUCCAGCAAAGUCGCAGCGGCGAAGGCGAUCUGGAAAGCAGCGCGGCCGAGAGCGACGAGCCCGACAACAGCGCGGUUGAGGACUGGAGUGAGGAAGAGAUGAGUGCAGAAGAGGACGAUGAAGACGAAUGA